GUAUAAAGCAGACCGGUGUCAAGGACGGUGGCAGACUGAGGAUAAGGGCGAAGGUGUGCGUGGGAACGUGAGCUCGUGUGCAUUCUGAGACAUUUGGAAUUUAGUUGUUGCGUGGCGUUGCGUGGCGUUGCAGCGUCAGCCUCCCGUCGUCUCUUCGCAUCAUGGAGCUCUCUAGUAUUCAGAGUGACAUAUUAGUGAACCCGAGGAGUGAGUACAAAGUCAUACGUCGCUAUCAGGGCAAGGUCAAGGCGGUCGUGUUCGAUUGGGCAGGAACCGUGGUGGACUGCGGCGUCUUCUCUCCUGCUGGCGCUUUCGUCGAGAUCUUUGAGGAGGAGGGCGUGGCCGUCACGAGCGAAGAGGCGCGGGGACCAAUGGGCAUGCACAAGAGGGCUCACAUCUGCAAAAUGCUCGACAUGGAGGGCGUCAGGGCCCGGUGGUUGAAAGCCAAAGCCGGCGCCGCGCCCACCGAUUCGGACAUCGACCGUAUGUACGCCAAAUUCGUACCGAAGAACAUCGCGGCUCUCGAAAAGUUCUCCAAUGUGAUAGAUGGUAAGGUCGGAGAAGAGAGAUGGUGUGAUAAAAGAGGUUAAGAGAACUGUUGAGUG